CGAAAAUAAGGUCUUAAAAUUCUUUAUCUUUCCUGAAAUUCUUGAGCAGUUUUCGAACUCUGGAUUUAGCCAUGGUUUUACUUUUGCUCCCACCAGCAAUAUCGGAUGCAGAUGAAACAGAAAUACAAGGCACCUUGACCGCUCCAACUUCGGUCCAAAUUGAACCUGUUGGACGAUGGUUUGAAGUAAGGCUACACCGACAACGCAAUCAUCUGUCAGCAUCAUACACAGAAUCAUUGCCAAGUGAUGAUGAUGAGGAAGACUCAGGAGAGGAAGAUAUUUUUGAUGAAGAUGAAGAUGAUUCUAUGCUUCAAACGUUGGAUCCCAAGGAGUGGAAGGAUCAUGACCACUAUAAAAUCCUAGGGCUUUCUAAACUGAGAUACAAGGCAUCACAGCAUGACAUCAGAAGAGCUCACAAACGAAAGGUUCUGAAGCAUCAUCCUGACAAAAGAGAAGACAGAAAAACCAGAGUAAGGAAAUCUGGUGAUGAUGAUUACUUCUCAUGUAUUACAAAAGCAUAUGAAGUUCUUGGUAACCCAGUGAAAAGAAGAGCUUAUGACAGUGUUGAUCCUGAGUUUGAUAAUGAUGUCCCAUCAAAUAACCAGCAAUCAAAGGACAAGUUCUUUGCAACCUUCUCUGAUGUUUUCAAGAGAAAUGCAAGAUGGUCUAUCAAGAAACCUGUUCCCGAUCUAGGCAAUGACAAAUCAACUUUUAAGGAAGUGAAUAAUUUCUACAACUUCUGGUAUGACUUCCAGUCAUGGAGGGAGUUUUCCUACCUUGAUGAAGAGGAGAAGGAGAAAGGAGAAUGUAGAGAAGAGAGGCGGUGGAUAGAUAAACAGAACAGAGCUGAGAGACAGAGGAGGAAGAAAGAAGAAAAUGCAAGAAUGAGAACGCUUAUUGAUAAUGCCUAUGCCUGUGAUCCCCGCAUCAAACGAUUCAAGGAUGAAGAAAAGGAACGCAAGGCAAGAGAGAAACGAGCCAAACAAGAGGCAGUUAAAGCAGCAGCCUUAGAGAAAGAAAAGGAGCGUCUAGCAGUUCUUGAAGCAGAGAGGUUAGCAAAAGAGAAAGAAGAGGAAGAAGCAAAAGCAAAGGCACAAGCAGCCAAAAAGGAGAAAGAAGCACUCAAGAAAGCGAUGAGGAAAGAAAGAAAAGCAUUGAGAGAGACCUGUAAGAAACAUGGGUACUUCACAAAUGAAGAUGGUCUUGUAAAAGCAAUGGAAGACAUGGAAAAGUUAUGUGAAAGAUUAUCCUUGGUCAGAUUACAAGAGGUUAAUGAGAGAUUCAGUGGAGCAGACCAAGACAAAUCAAAGGCUAUCUUUCAAGAAGAGGUGGCUGCAUUGACAGCUGAGAUUGAAAGGGAGCACCAAGAGGAGCUACGUAAACAGCAGGAGCUCCUCUCCAGCUCAAAAGGAGGGGAUGGUGGUGGAGCUAAGGGAGGUAAAGCCUGGAGUGAAGCAGAUACUGCACUCCUCAUUAAAGCAGCUAAUAUCUUUCCUCCAGGCACAAGCUCUCGAUAUGAAGUGAUUGCAAACUACAUCAACAAUCAUUCUACAUCGGGUAUCAACAGAGUAGCCAAGGAUAUCAUCAGUAAGACUAAGAAUCUACAGAGAUUAGAUGGAGGCAUGAAACAAGCAGCCAAUGAGAAAGCAUUCGAGAAGUUUCAGCAGGCUACUGGAAACAAGAUGAAGAAAUCUGAUGAAGCUCAACCUUCAGAAAAAUUUGAAGCUGGAGAUGGUGCUGGUGCAGAAGGUCCUAAACCAUGGACGACAGAUGAACAGAAGAGAUUAGAACAAGCCUUGAAGACAUUCCCUGCCAGUGCUACAGAUAGAUGGGAUAAGAUUGCAGAAGCUGUACCCACAAGGACUAAGAAAGAAUGUAUGAAGAGAUAUAAGGAACUAGUUGAGAUGGUAAAAGCCAAGAAAGCAGCCCAAGCUCAGGUUGCAAAGUCCAAGAAACCAUGAUACGCUGACCCUUCACUCCAACCCACUCACACCAACUGGUCAAAGAUCUACUUGCCUAUGUAAUGUAACACAUUGAACCGUACAUUUCAGCUGUGACUCUCUGGACAUUAAUUGUCAUUUGCAUAUGCAAAUGAUUGCAGGGUAACAUUUCAUGAAAUGACUUGUGGGAUGUGUUAUUUGACAACUGUUUUAUCCGACAGUUACCAUAGAAACUGUGCUGCUCAGCCAAUCAAUAUCAAAGAAAGAUGUCAGAUCUGACAACUUGUCGGACAUAAAUGUUGAUGAAACGCUCCCCUGAACUGAAUAUAUUUCGGUGCAAACAUGGGAUCCUUCUUUAUUUUCAGCUUUCACAUCCCACUUGUAAUUUAAAGCUCAAAGUCUUUUUCAUUACUGGUAAAUAAAAGUGAAUUUAUUGGUAAGACAAAGCAGUGAGAUAUUGAUCUAAUUUUUAAUAUAUUUCAUAACCCCUGCUGAAGAUAAUUUGCUAUUACCCCAUGUUUGGUCUUACAAUUCAAUUGUCAUCCAAUAUUCAAAAGCAAUCAAGGUCCAUGGUUCUAUUGCAAUUUGUAUGCAAAAUUAGGAUUGGAGACUUUUGAAAAACCCUAAAACUGAUUGAUCUGAAUUGAAGUCCACUGAUUGAUUGCAAAUUGCUUUGGGGUUUAUAGGAAUGAUUUUUGUUUUGACAGGAUAUUAAUUGUUAUACAAUGAGCAACUUUUUCAUGACUGACAAAUAAAAUAAUUUUUUAAAGAAAAUU